UAUAUAUAUUUAUAUAUUCGUCGCUUUUAAGACUACAAACCCUCAAAAUCUUAGCAAUGUCGACAUCAUCCAGCAUCGUAUCGAUGAAAAAAAUUGUCCAACAGUUACGGCUGGAAGCAGGCAUAAACAGAGUUAAGGUGUCCCAGGCCGCAGCGGACCUGCAGCAGUUCUGCCUUCAGAACGCCCAGCAGGACCCUCUGCUCUGCGGCAUGUCGUCCAGCAACAACCCGUUCAGACCGCAGAAAGUCUGCUCCUUCCUAUAGCACCGACACACAGACCGACCCUCUGCCUCUGUUUUGGACGUUGUGGUGAGUUGUUGGAAUUGGGCUGCAGGACCUGCGCUGUGGACUGGAAUCGUCUCAGGAGCAUUUCGAGGACAAGCAACUAACUUAACAGUUUUUUACUUUUGCCUUUUGUAAAAUGUCAUCCAGAAACAUUUCCAGAUGCUUAUAAAAAAAGCUUAACCUACUUGCUUGGAAGUAACUAACCCAUAACACACACAUGUGCCUUUUUUGAAUUGUACAUUUUUCAUGCCUGAUUUUGAGAAUAAAUAAAUGGUAUUUCCACAUUUUCAA